AUGGCACCUCCGAGCAUCCACGAAGAGCAUGAUGAGAUUAAGCAGAGCUCGAAACCCGUGACCGAGCAAAGGGUAACGUUGCUAGCAUGCGCCCUGGGCGCUGUGGCAAGUAUUGGUGGUUUCAUCUUUGGUUAUGUCAGCGGAGAAAUCUCUGGCUUCUUCCUCAUGAGAGACUUCGGUGAACGAUUUGGACAGAUAAACGAUGACGGCACGAUCGUAUUCAGUGCCGCCCGCCAAGGCACCAUCACGAGUCUCCUCUGUAUAGGCGCCUUGAUUGGCGCCCUCGUCGCCGGCAAGAUGGCAGAUUCCAUUGGACGACGCCUGACGAUUUCUGCAUCUGCCUUCUUCACCUGCCUGGGUACAAUCAUCGAGAUUUCGUCACGGUCGAGUUGGGUCCAGCCGGCCAUCGGUCGCCUCGUCACCGGCGUGAGCAUCGGUGCAUUGUCUGUCGUGGUACCCAUGUAUCAGUCCGAGAGCGUACCGGCCAAGAUCCGCGGUGUAGUCGUAUCUACCUACCAGCUGCUUAUCACCCUCGGAAUCUGGACCGCAGCCAUGGUCAACUGGGGCACCGAGUCGGCCUCGUCGUCGGCUUCUUGGAGGAUUCCCAACGGCCUCUCCUUUGCCUGGGCUCUUGUUCUUGGCGGCGGUAUCCUCUUCCUGCCUGAAAGCCCGCGUUACGCCUACUACCGCGGCCGGACUGUGGAGGCAAGAGAGACCAUUUCCCGACUCACAGGCAUGGCGCAAGACUCUGCAACGGUUGAGGAGGAGAUAGCCGAGCUCGAGAAGCAAAUCUCCGAGGAGAAGAACAGCACUGCAGACUUCCGCUGGACUGAGAUUUUCACCGCCCCGCGCAUGUUCUAUCGCACGACCCUUGGUAUCGUGCUCAUGGCCGGUCAGCAGCUUACAGGAUGCAACUUCUUCUUCUACUUUGGAACCACCCUGUUCAAGUCCACCGGUAUUGAGAACAGCUACACUACACAGAUUAUUCUUGCAUCAGUCAAUGUAUUUUACACCGUUAUUGGGCUGUGGAUCAUCCAGCGUUUCGGCCGCAGGAUCAUCCUUCUGGUUGGAGCUGGCUGGAUGAUGGUCUGCUUCUUUAUCUACGCUUUUGUUGGCCACUUUGCUAUUGACUCCGAGAACCCUAUGAAUACGCCUACUGCCGGCACCGUCCUCGUAGCCUUCUCUUGCUUGGCGAUUGCUGCCUUUGCCGUCAGCUGGGGGCCGCUCGCCUGGGCUGUAAAUGCCGAGCUCUUCCCUCUUCGAUACCGCGGGGCCUGUAUGGGUCUCGCCACUGCCGCCAACUGGUUUUGGAACUUUACUCGAUUCAUCACCGACGACAUUGGCUACCUUUACGGCCUUGUCUUUGCUGGAUGUUGCGCUGCCCUCAUGGUCAUCGUCUUCUUCUUCGUCAUCGAAUCCAAGGAUCGAACGUUGGAAGAGAUUGACCUGAUGUACAUCAACAAGGUGAACCCGAUCAAGUCGGCCAGCUGGACCAAGGCGGACAUCAAGGAAAACCUCAGGGAGGGCCGCGAAGAAGAAAGCUCAGCAUGA